AGUGCGCCGAGUUUGAACUGGAUGCCCGUUGUUUUUUGACGGUGCUGUCAAGCGGUUCUUCGUCGGUGACGGUGCGUGCUACUAGCAUUCGUGAGAAACAACAUGGAUAAGAGUUCGUUCGUGUCGAGUUACUUCGGCAGAAUGCGACUUAAAGUGCGCGAGGUCGACCAAGGUAUCGACAGGCUCAGCGAAACUUGGAAAACAUCGUACCUCUUGGUCGGCGGCUACGCGGAUUGCGGCUCUGAGACGACCGCUUAUCUGGAGGAAUUGUGGGAAUCCGUUCGGAGUACCAACGAUGCAGUGGAGAAACUUCAAUCUGAAUUGGAACCCUUGGAAAAAACGGAUGAAUUUUUGGACGAUUCAAAAGUGAUAUAUGAACAGUUGAAGGAGCAAUGUGAUAGUCUAGACAUGGUUCUGGUAGAAUAUGGUUAUUGUUACGAAGAAACUGACAAUGGGCAAGAAAACAAUCGAAAUAAUAGUAAAGAUGAAGCAAGCAGCAGUAUCUUAACUAAUGACGAGAUGUCUGAUAUAGAGAUCACACCGUAUUUAACGAAGUACAUAGCUAAGUCAAAGAGACCCAAGGUUUCCAAUGCGGAUCAAAGUAAUUUAGCUGUCAAGGGUAUUGCUACGCCUGUAAUCAAAAGUUUAGCAUCUGCGCUUCAGGUAGAAACCCCUCGCAUGGGAAGAUCAGUAGUAGACGACAUACCUGCACAAAACUUAAAUCACUCAAAAUAUCUUACUGUGCCGAACAUGUCAAGAAAGUAGUCUUGAUUCUAAUAUAUUUUCUGGAUUCUCAUUUUUUGUUCAAUAGCAUAUUUGGACGUGAAAAGGCACACAUCUAGUCUAAUAUUUUAUAGUGGCGUGAAGUCCUAAAAGCGAAGGUUAAACAAAUCAGCAGAAUAAAAUAUAAACAUGUACAUUUAUUUUUUUCCACUAUGUAAGUACGAUAAAAGUUGUGGCGAAAGAAAAUGUGCGAUUUACUCAUCAAAGACACGUGAUUAUUUUUCAUAUAUUGCUAUUUGUAUAUAUCUUUCAUAAUAAAAAAUUUGUAAU